UUAAGAAUCCACACGCCUCCCCUCCGUCAUCUCCAACAAUGGUCUUUUCCAGCUCAGCUUAUCACAGCAGAAUUUGUAACAUGCCAUAAUUUCUUUACCGGUGUGUGUAGCCCCGGAAAUCAAAUGUCAUUACCCAACGCCGCUAAUUUGGCGAUUAUUCCUGCUCUUUUGCUUUUUGACAAUGCCAGCGGCGGGGACCAGCCGAACCUUUACGAUCAGAUCCUCGGCGUCGCUGCUUUUUUGCACUGAAGAAGCCUCCUAGGAUUGUCCGCUUGAUGGUCUAGCUUACAGAGACUGCAGUUGUCAUUGAUCCGCUGCCAGAGCCGCUACAGAUAGUAAAGGAAUAAAUUUGCCAAGAUGAUGUGCGAAGUGAUGCCCACUAUCAGCGAGGACACGGCUCUGAGCCAGCGUGGCUCUCAGAGCAGCGCCUCGGACCCAGACUCCCACUUUGAGCAACUGAUGGUUAACAUGCUGGACGAAAGGGACCGGCUGCUGGACACUCUGAGGGAGACCCAGGAGAGCCUCGGCCUGGCCCAGCAGCAUCUUCAGGACGUCAUCUACGACCGUGAUUCUCUGCAGCGCCAGCUCAGCUCUGCCCUUCCACAGGAGUUUGCUGCGCUGACCAAGGAGCUGAACGCCUGCAGGGAGCAGCUGCUGGAGAAGGAGGAGGAGAUCUCUGAGCUCAAAGCCGAGAGGAACAACACCAGGGUGAGGACUGACUGCAUUGAUGCACAUCUAUAA